UCCCUUCCAUCAAAAAUCAAAUCAGAGCAAAUUACAAAGCCGGGAAACCUCAUUUCCCCCCUUUCCAUUCCACACACAAAAAUCCCAUACUUUUAAUUCUUUCCUCCAAACCAAACAAACAAAAGAUGGUGAAUAUGAUUCCCCAAUCCCCAGAGAAUGAAAUGAUGAAUGAUCAGUUAAUGGAAGAAACAAACAGAGUAUUGGGGAAUGGGAAAAAGGCAGGGAAAAGGUUUGCAGUUUUGCUAUGUGCAGAUGACUCAGAGUAUGUAAAGAAGAAAUACGGAGGGUAUUUUGGGGUAUUCGUAAGGAUGUUAGGGGAAGAAGGGGAAAGCUGGGAUGUGUACAGAGUAGCCAGAAACGAAUUCCCUAAAGAAGAGGAAUUAGGAAUGUAUGAAGGGUUUGUGAUUACUGGAAGUUGUAGUGAUGCUCAUUCCAAUGAUGUUUGGAUCUGUAAACUCUUGAAUCUCCUCCAUCAAUUGGAUUCCUUGAAGAAGAAGGUUCUUGGCAUUUGCUUCGGUCAUCAGAUAUUGGGGCGAUCAUUGGGAGGAAAGAUUGGACGGGCUAGUUCGGGCUGGGAUAUUGGGCUUAGAACAAUCCAGUUUUCAUCCUCAUUAAACAAACAAUUCUCAGCACAAAAAAUUCCUGCCAUGCUCAACAUAAUUGAAUGCCACCAAGACGAGGUAUUGGAACUUCCUCCGAAAGUUGAGGUGAUAGCUCGGUCCAACAAAACUUCGAUUGAGAUGUUUCGAUAUGGUGAUCAUAUGAUGGGCAUUCAAGGUCAUCCUGAGUACAACACGGACAUUCUUCUUCACCUAAUUGACCGCCUUCUACAAAAGAAUUUUAUUGGGGAUAUCUUUGCUAAAGAACUCAAGGCUAAAUUUAUGGUAUCGCGUGAUCCGGACAAGGAUGCAUGGAGAAAGUUGUGUGUCAAUUUUCUCAAGGGAAGAUUAUGAUCACAAUUAAUCAACUUAUGAUUAUUAACGCGCUAUAAUAAAAAUAAUAGCGACAUUUUUAAAUAAAUUAGGGAGGGAGAGAAUUUGUAGAUGUAUAUAUAUAUAUAUAUAUGAAGUAUAUUAUUA